GAAAAGUCAGGGCUAAGGGACGUUCCAACAAGAAGAAGGUCGAUCUCGCCUCUCCCCCAAGCGCUCGCAGCGGCUGCCGUGCGUCGCCCUAGGCUCAUCUCACAUCACGAUGGCAUCGCCGUCCCAGCAGAGCAAGAAGUGGCCCUACACGGUGACUUCGAGGACGGGCCUGAUCGACUCGCACUGCCACUUGGACUACCUGUUCAGCAAGGCGAACCACUUCGGCAGCUAUGCCGACUACCGGCACGACAACCGGCACACCUUCCCGUACUGCUACGAGGGUUGCGUGGCCAACUUCUGCAACCCGGUCACCUUCAAGCUGGAGUACAUGUGGGACGCGCUGCUCUCCGAGGACAAGGUGUGGGGCGCGUUCGGAGUCCAUCCCAAGAUGGCCGCCGAGUACAACGACCAGAUCGAGCAGCAACUGCUGCACGCGCUCCAGCACCCGAGCGUGGUGGCGUUCGGCGAGAUCGGCCUCGACUAUUCGGACAAGAACCGGGACGAGCAGCAGCAGGUGUUCCGCACGCAGCUGCAGCUGGCCACCAGCCGCGGGCUGCCCCUGGUCAUCCACUCGCGCAACGCCACGGCGGACACCGUGCGCAUCCUGCGCGAGAUGGUGCCCGCGAACUACAUGAUCCACGUGCACUGCUUCAGGGGCAGCUGGAGCGAGGCGCGCCAGUGGCUCGACCCGUUUCCCCACCUCUGCCUGGGACUGACGCCCAAGCUGGGGUACUCCGGCGAGCUGGCCGACGCCGCGCGCCACAUCCCGCUGGACCGGCUGCUCCUGGAGACGGACGCGCCCUUCUUCCUGCCCAAGGACGAGCAAAGGAGGGGCGCGGUCGCCCACCCCGGGAUGGUCAUCCACGUGGCCGCGCAGCUGGCCAACCUCCGAAGAAUCACCCUCGACGAGGUCCUGGAGGCGGUGCGCCAGAACACGCAGCGCGUGUACGGCAUCUGAAACUCACAUUGUUCGGCAGUGUCGUUCGAGUCGUCAGCAG